AUGCACUCUCUGCGGUCUGCCAGUACUGGACAAUUGCUGCAGGAGUCUGUGGACAUUCGUAAAUCUGUAGUUGUUUUUUAUGAGAAGCUUUUUAAGAGUGAGUUCCAAGAGAGACCAGAGGUGGCGCAGUCUUUCUAUGAGGGCUUACCUAAGGUUUCCGAAGAGGCCAACAUGGAGUUGGAUGCACCGAUCUCCGCUGAUGAAUUAUAUUCUGCGUUGCAGAGUCUACAAAGCGUGCUGAUGUCCUUCAUCCACUCUGGACUCACUCAAGGUUUCCCCAGAUCUACUCUGACUGUGACUCCAGACAAUACAGUAUUCACUGGAGAGAGAGUGAUUCUGACGUGUGAGAUUGAGUCUAACAGAGACUGGAGAUAUGAGUGGAGGAAAGGAAGCUCAAACAUUCAAGUGUCUCAGCGUUACACUGUAAACAGAAACACUCUCACUAUUGAAGGAUCUGAAUCAUCUGAUGAGGGUCAGUACACGUGUAGAGGACACAUAGAAGGAAGAUCAGUCUCAACACAAUCAAGCUCUGCUGUUUCUCUCUCUGUGAAGGCUUUCCCCAGAUCUACUCUGACUGUGACUCCAGACAAUACAGUAUUCACUGGAGAGAGAGUGAAUCUGACGUGUGUGAUUGAGUCUGAUCACAGAGACUGGAGAUAUGAGUGGUGGAAAGGAAACUCAUACUACACUUCAGUAUCACAGCUGCCUGAGCGUUACACUGUAGACAGAAACACUCUCACUAUUAAACGAUCUGAAUCAUCUGAUGAGGGUCAGUACACGUGUAGAGGACACAUAGAAGGAAGAUCAGUCUCAUCACAAUCAAGCUCUGUUUCUCUCUCAGUGAAGGAGAGACCUAAGCCUGUAGUGAAGGUGUCUCCAGAUCAGCGUGUGUUCAGAGGAGAGACAGUCACUCUCACAUGUGACAUACAGAGAGGAGGAGACAUUCAGUGGACAUACAGCUGGUUUAAAGAUGGUUCAGUCAUCAGAAACGUCACUGAGAGAGUCUUCACCAUCACAUCUGUGUCUGAUAGAACUGAAUACAGCUGUAGAGGAGAGAGAUCAGACUCACAGAGAUCACACACCAGUGCUGCUCUUACACUGACUGUAUCAGACUUACCCACACCUACUCUGACUGUGACUCCAGACAAUACAGUAUUCACUGGAGAGAGAGUGAUUCUGACGUGUGUGAUUGAUUCUGAUCACAGAGACUGGAAAUAUGAGUGGAAGAAAGGGUGGAGAGGAACCACAUCCUACACUUCAAUAUCGUCUCAGCGUCUCACUGUAAACAGAAACACUCUCACUAUUGAAGGAUCUGAAUCAUCUGAUGAGGGUCAGUACACGUGUAGAGGAAACAUAGAAGGAAGAUCAGUCUCAACACAAUCAAGCUCUGCUGUUUCUCUCUCAGUGAAGGAUUUGGAGCAAAAGCCUGAACUCAGAUCAGAUCCUGCAGGAGCUGCACUGACAGGAAACACAGUGACUUUGACCUGUCGUGUGAAUCUGUCUCCUGGAUGGGACUUUUACUGGUACAAACACACACUGAACUCUGAGACAAAGACAGAAACAAACUCCUACAGAGUGAAGAUUGAUUCAGUGUCUGAUGGAGGUCAGUACUGGUGUAGAGCUGGAAGAGGGGAACCAGUCUACUACACACAAUACAGUGAUGCACUGUGGGUAAAUGUUACAGUGAGUGCUAAAGCUGUGGUGACGGUUCGACCGGAUGAACAAGUGUUCAGAGGAGAAACAGUCUCUCUCAGAUGUGAUAUAAAGUGGGGAGGAGACACUGAGUGGACGUACAGAUGGGAAACAGAGGGAACAAACUACCAAUAUAACUCAAUCUCAACACAAGAGCUGAACAUCAGCAGUGUUACAGACUCUGACCGUGGUAAAUACACCUGUACAGGACUGAUGGGAACACAACGCUCUCAGCGCAGUGAUGCUGUUACACUGAAUGUAUCAGCUGAAGCUCAGGCAGCAGUGCGAGUGUCUCCACAGCCGUGGCUGACUGAAGGAGACUCAGUGACUCUGAUCUGUGAGGUUACAGUCUCCUCUACAGGCUGGACGUUCAGCUGGUUCAGAGAUGAUGAUCAUCUGUCCGACAGCAGCAGAGGAGCUGGAGGCUCUUACACUCUCAGUCCUGCUGCUCGACAGCACACAGGAGUUUAUACGUGCAGAGCAGAGAGAGGACGACCGGCCUAUUACACAAAGACCAGUAACACACAGCCCCUGUGGAUCACUGUGUCUCUGGUGGUCCGUCCCAGCAGAAGUCAACACUUCUCAUCUGACUCUCUCUCUCUGAGCUGUGAGGAUCAGACGAACUCUUCUGGAUGGACAGUGAGAAGAUACACAGACAGAAACACAGAAGAUUGUUCAAAACUAACAGGAUCUACAUGUCGACUCUUCUCUCUCAGCACAUCUGACUCUGGAGUUUACUGGUGUCAGUCUGAAUCUGGAGAGAAACGUCAUCCUCUGAACAUCACUGUACACGAUGGUGAUGUGAUUCUGGAGAGUUCUGUUGAUCCUGUGAUUGAGGGACAUACUCUGACUCUACACUGUUUACAUCGAUCUACAAACUCCCCGAUCCUCAGAGCUGAUUUCUAUAAAGACGGAUCACUCGUCCAGAAUCAGACGACAGGAGAGAUGAUCAUCACGACUGUCUCAGAGUCAGAGGAGGGUUUCUACUACUGUAAAACAGAGAGAGGACAGUCACCGCACAGCUGGAUCUCAGUCAGAGGAGUAGAUUAA